CAGCGCACGAGACGAGCUCGCGCCAGACGCGCGAAACUAAAUUCAGCGAGGAACAGCAAUGAUUUCUUCAGAAUGACUGAUUUAUCCUCGGGGAUCAAACGACAAACCGAACAUUAACAGCACUCGGAAUAACGUUUGUAACUAAACAUUAUGUUAAUAUCAAACGGUAUUAAACACGCUCCGAGGUCUCGUGAAGUCUUCAGCGCUUACAAGACGGAGGCAGCGAUCCGACAACGGUCGACUCCUUUGGCGAUCAAAAAACGGGGACCUUUUGUUUGACCGGGGCAUCCUUCUCCUUAAAGUCAUCAUCACAGACUCGCAUAGCGAGUCUGUGAGCUGUGCAGUGUGGGACGCUGUCUGCCACACUGUCAUCAGACGUCAUGAGCUGGAGCUUCCUAACACGUCUGCUGGAGGAGAUCCAGCACCACUCCACGUCGGUGGGGAAACUCUGGCUCACCGCGCUAGUCGUCUUCCGCAUCGUACUGACAGCAGUGGGCGGCGAGUCCAUAUACUACGAUGAGCAGAGCAAGUUCGUCUGCAACUCGGGCCAACCGGGAUGCGAGAACGUCUGCUACGAUGCCUUCGCCCCACUUUCGCACGUGCGAUUCUGGGUCUUCCAGAUCAUUCUGUCCGCCAUGCCCUCUCUGCUUUACAUGGGAUACGCAGCUAAUAAGAUCUCCCAUAACGAGGACUCGCGGGCUCGAGCAAGAGCUGCAGAUUCCGGAUACACCCAGCGGAGGCCAAGGAAGAUGUGUUUUGGGGCACGACAGCAUUCUACGGCACACGAGGAUGGGGAGGAGGAACGGGAAGAUGAUCCUAUGAUCUACGAAGUGCCUGAGAUGGACAACACGCAGAGAGACUUGGUCCCACCGAGACCUAAACCGAAAGUACGUCAUGACGGUCGGCGCCGUAUCCGUGACGACGGGCUCAUGCGAGUGUACGUGCUGCAGCUGCUGACACGUUCGGCGCUAGAAGCUGGCUUUUUGGCAGGACAGUACCUGCUUUAUGGCUUUCGCGUGGAACCUGUCUUCGUGUGCUCGGAUAAGCCCUGCCCACACCACGUGGACUGCUUCGUCUCACGGCCUACCGAAAAGACCAUCUUCCUCCGUAUCAUGUAUGGCGUCAGCUGCCUUUGCUUGAUACUCAACCUGUGGGAAAUGAUUCACCUCGGAGUGGGAACCAUUGGCGACGUCUUACGCAAACGAAAUGCAGCUACGACAGAUGAUGAGUACCAACUGAGCCUCCUCGCCGGAGGAGGUGUGUCUGUCGGAGUGGGCGGGCCGGCCCUAAAUGAGGAAGAACCAGGGGUUGGGGUCGGUGGAGGUGUAAGAGAAGCAGACUAUGUUGGAUAUCCCUUCUCCUGGAACACCCCAUCUGCACCGCCAGGCUACAACAUCGUGGUAAAACCUGAGACCAUGCCAUACACAGACCUGAGCAAUGCCAAGAUGGCAUGCAAGCAAAACCGUGCCAACAUAGCGCAAGAGGAACAGCAGCAAUACGGUUCCAACGAGGACAAUUUUCCAUCAGCAGGUGAAACCCGACCGCCGCCCAUCAAUAAAGACGUCAUCCAGUUAGAGGCGGCGAUUCAAGCGUACACCUUGCAGCACCAUGCCAAUAAUAACCAUGAUGACCUGAAUGACAACCAUGACAUUGAUGAGAAGCCUCAGAGUAACAUCACUACAGCACCACAGAAGGAUCGAAAGCAGCGGACCAAGCAUGGAAAAGCUGGCAGCGCUGAAAGCAGCAGCAGUAGCAAAUCAGCAGAAGUCAAACCAUCAGUCUGGAUCUAAUGUUCAUGCACUGUUAGAAAAAAUGGUUAAAAUAUGUACCCCAGCUUUUAAUGGGCAAAAAAAGGUACAGAUAUGUAUACAUUUGGUACCAAUUUGAGAUACUUUUUGAAAGGGUACAGCUGGGGAACACAUUUUGACAAUUUUUUCCUAAACAUGAACACUUCAGUCAGCGGGCAGUUACAUAUAUUUAAGUUCGGUUUUACGUACACUCUUUAUUCAUUUAUAUGCAUUUUUAGACUUUAAAUAUCGUGUGAAUCCAACAAAGACCACGCACACAAAUGGAAAAUAUGCUGUAUAUCUUUUUGAAAUGCUGUAAGUGCCUUAAAGAAACUCUUAAGAAUGAGACCGAUUUCUUGAUCUUCCUAACAUAAUCUUGUGCUCUAAAGAUUAUGGCUAGCUUUGGGAACAUCCCCUCCGCAAUCCAGAAAAGCCCAUUAAUAUCUGACGUUUGGAACUUUUUAGUGAAAAGAAAGUUGAGAAAGUCUUCCUAUCGGAUACCGGAGUGAUGACACUACAAUCCGAUUCCAAACCAGCCGUCUUCCUAUUUACAUUGUUGAUCGGUACCUGUUUUGCAUCACAACACCAAGCUAUAACAAUGCAAUGAUAUUGGAUUUUUACAUUUGAAUACAGUGGGAGUAUGCUGGGGUAUCCAAGACUCCAGAAUACUAACCGAUCCUUCCCAGCAAGCAUUAGCAAUCAAUUACAGUAAGGUGACCAGAUUUUUUAAAUGAAAAGCAGGGACUUUUUUUAGUUCAAUGGUCAAAAUAUAAUUAAAAUCGGGGACGAAACCUUUUUGAAUGUUUUUGUCUUUUUAUUGUUGUAGGUUUGCGGAGGACAAAACAGCAAAAAAUGGGACUGUUCCUGGAAAACGGGGACAUCUGGUCACCUUACUUUACAGUAUAGGUUAACUAUACAGUAAAGCCUGGCUAUGAAUAACCCACUUAAAGCCUAAAUAAACGUUAAUUUGGCUACAUCAUGUUUUUGCCAAAACAAUUUGCAAGAUGUAUGAUAAAACAUUAUCUAAGCAAAGUCAACAGCAAUUACAGCAAAGGUGUUUGGUUUCAUUUAUUUUUUGGGAUAAGGUUAAAUGUCUCUUAAAGGGGACAUAUCAUGAAAAAUGUUAAGACUUUUUCCAUGUUUAAGUGCUAUAACUGGGUCCCCAGUGCUUCUAUCAACCUAGAAAAUGUGAAAAAAAUCAACCCAGUAACUUAGUUUUGGAAACCAUUCUCUGCAAGCAUGUGAAAAAAUAGGUCAUUGAAAAUUGUCUCCCCCGUGAUGUCAGAAGGGGAUAAUACCGCCCCUUAAUCUGCACUAUCCAAACACAGCACUGCCAUUUAGUGCAGAGAUCAGCUCAUUUGCAUUUUAAAGGACACACCCAAAAAUGGCACAUUUUUGCUCACACCUACAAAAUGGCAAUUUUAACAUGCUAUUAUAAAUGAUCUCUAAGCUAAAACUUCACAUACAUACUCUGGAGACACCAAAGAAUUAUUUUACAUCUUAAAACAGUCUUGUGAAAUGUCCCCUUUAAAUUAAGACCAAAUUUUGUCUUUGUGUUUUAGCCUAGACGUCUGGGCUGUGUUUGGACAGCUAUUAGACAUCUUUUAAAUCAAAUUGCUCUGGGUUCUCUGAAAUAAGCCGAUGUAAAUCUACACUAACACAAACACAUACACACACAAAUAUAUAGUAUAGACUUUAUUUUACCCUAUUUGUAGCUAUAGUGCAGAAAAAAGACAUCAAUCUAAUGUUUUUUUGGUGGUUAAGUCCGCAUUUUGAGACCCCUGUAGUUUUGAGAAGCCACUGAAACUUGUCUAUUUAGCUGAUGAAUUGUAUUGUAUUGUAAUACUAUCUCCUGCUGGUUAAAAGAAGAAUUGCACUCUGGGCAACCACCACAAGGUCUUUUCAGCCCUUUAAGUACACUGUAAAAAAGUUUAAACAACUUAAUUAUGCAAGUCAAUUCAACCUACUUUUAAAGUUUUGACUU